UUGCUUGUAAUUUACAAGGUGAUCAGAGGCAGCAAAGAAACACACACACACACACAGAGAUGGGAUCCUUGGGCCCUGCCGUGAGCGUGAGCAUGGCCAAGGCCAACGGCGGCACGGCUGCCGUCGGUGGCCAGAAGCAGCAGCGGAAGCCGGAGCGCGGCACGUUCAGCUGCGGCUUCCAGAUGCCUCUGCACUACCCGCGGUAUAGGAAAGCGGACUACGAGGCGAUGCCGGAGUGGCGCGUCGACUGCCUGCUCCGAGAGUACGGCCUCCCUGUCACCGGCGACGUCGAGGAGAAGAGGAGGUUCGCCAUGGGCGCCUUCCUCUGGCCCGGCCAGUAUUGAUUCGCCCUCUUACAUAUUGCCACUUGGAGCAGAGGCCGAUCAGCGAGUGAGCGCCUAGUAGAGACUGAUCAGCAAUGGCAGCAGCAACAUCACGUCCCCAUGUAUGAAGAAGACAUCGUGUCCAUAUUAUUUUAUCUACUCUCUCCGUAAAUUAAUAUAGGAGUGUUUAUAUCAUUAAAGUUUACGGAGGGCGUAUCAUCUAUCAUAAUCUCCAACCCCCCAUAGACAAAUACAGUAUAAUCUCCAAUUCUCCAUAGACAAAUAUUUUCUUGGAGCAGUUCUGAUGUGCCUACGUUUACGUGUAAGCAGUGGAAGAAUGUGUUUUUUUUAUCUUCUUAUACAUGUAAAUUAAUGCUUUCUGUGUACGUCCGACGUUGA